AUGGCUUCCGGUACGUUCACAAAUAUAAAAAAUCUAAACGAUACUGGUAUUCAAACCAUUUGCACGGAUAUAUCGAAGAAAAAUAAAGAAAAUAUAUUUGUUUGUGGAUCAGAAGGAUGCGUGCUGAAGUUUUCAAAAGAAUCCUUAAUCGGUUCAGACAGUCCUUCAAUUUUUAAUAUUGGCGAUGCUACCUCAGGAUCCAUCGCUUGGAAAGAUGAUGUUAUAUGCGUCGGAUAUUGCACUACCGAUUUUGUUGAAGGAACAGAACAAAAAGUUCUAGGGAAAAUCGUAAAUGAAGAUUUUGAAAAUCCAUCAAAUUUGGCUGAUUUCCAACUGGAAAUUACAACAAUAGACAUUAAUGACACGUAUGCUGUAGCAGGGUCAAGUGAUUUUGCAGUAAAAAGAUCAACUAUUGCCGGAUCUUCGAAAGAUAUUAAACGCUACGAUACCGACGCUGAGCCAGUUUGCUUAAAGAUCGAUCCAAAUAAUGAAUUUGUUGCUGUUGCAUCUAUUGAUGGUAUGGUUCACAUUAUCAGACUGGAAGAGUUUGAACUUGUUACGUCAUUUAAAGCGUUUCCAAACUUUGGCGUUAUCGACGAGAAAAAUCCAUUAAUACGCAUGUCUUGGUCAAUUGAUGGAAAACAACUAUUUGUUCCAAGUAACAGACACGUGAAAGCUUAUCACCGAGACAGUUGGGAAUCCGCAGAAAAUUUUAGUGCAAAUGAGACAGAAUUGAAUUUCUCUACCUGUUCUGUUUCUGCAUGUGGUAAUUUUCUCGCCGCUUCCACUAUGAAUAACAAAAUAAUUGUAUGGAGAAUAGAAAAUAGAGAACUAGUUUCUUGUUCGCAAUAUUCGAGAAAAUCUCCUGGCCAUACAUUAAUUACUUCUGUGGAGUUCUCACCAUUUUCAAACGACAUUAUUGUUGCUGACACGAACAAAGGUAUUUGCCUUCUUCAAAAUGCCCUGGGCAACAAAUCGACGUCAGGCUCUAAAAAAGCCAUAGAAUUCCUCAAUCUGAAUUUGGAAGAUGAUGACGCAGAUUCUAUUAUUCUGAGCCGUACCAGGCCUAAUUUUCUUGACGACGAGGCUUCAAUGGACGUGGACGAGAACACUAGAUUCUCAUCGGCAUCAGAUGAUAUUGGAGCGAUCAAAAAGAAAUAUGGAUUUGAUAACAAUGGAAUGACUGGUCUUGAAGAGUAUGGAUUUAAUGUAGGAGCUGAAGACGUUCAAGAAACCAAGGAAUCAGUUUCUACUUCCAAUAAAAAUGGCGAUGGUACUGAAUUUCCAAUGUACGAAGCACCACGUAGAAAAUUAAUUCCGGAAAGGUUUGUGUGUGGAUGUUCGCCGAUGGAAAUGUCGCAACGAUAUUUGAAAUAUAAUCAAUAUGGUGUGGUACGCAGCUACGUUAACCAGCAAGCAAAAACUAGUGGCAUUGAGAUCGAAUUUCACAAUAAAGCAAUUCACGCUGAUAUUAUUCUGGAUAAUUUCGAAACUAACUAUGAACUCGCGGACAUUUCUUUAAAUGUUGUCGCUUUGGCGAGUUUUGAGAGUAAAAGAAAGGAAAAACAGCAGGAAAAAAUAGAUGAUCUCUGCUUGGAUGAUAACAAGAAAGAAGAAAAUAAAGGAACAAGUGAGCUGUUCGUGAUUCCCGUUUCAACGUUUGAAUCUCAACGAUGGACGACCACAUUGCCAAGAGGAGAUGGUGCUAUUGAUGUUCUUGUGUCUGAGGAAAUGGUCGUUGUGUUAACUAAAAAGAGAAAUGUGCGAAGCUUUACAAUAACCGGACUACAACGGCAAAUCUUCACACAUCCUGGGCCAAUACUGACAGCUGCUUGCUUUCAAGAUCGAAUCUCCAUUGCCAGCGUCAUUGGAGGUGAAUUCUACGAAAGUGAUAGAAAAAAAGAACCACAGUGGAGGUUUGAAGUAACCGAGUAUUAUGUGAAUAAUCGCGAUUGGUAUCGAUAUCCGAUGAAUCGUAAUAGCUCAGGAGCACGAAAUCGUAUUGAUGUUCCAGUCGCUGCUGGUGAACAACUUGAAUGGCUGAGUUAUUCUACAAAAGGAAAACUUGUCACAAUGGAUAGCGCUUAUAAUGUUCAUGUUCUAACGGCACCAGCAUUAUGGAUGCCCAUUUUUGAUAGUCAGGGUGUCUUGCGUGCAUUGUCGGAUGGCAUUUUUCCGAUUGGAGCAGUUGAGAAUGCGAAAGGGAAUGAAUUCCGGUACAUUUACUGUCGAGGAACAAAGUACCCAUUGGUUUCGGGUAUUAAUGCCCCAACUAGUGUAGGAUGGGCACUUCCUUAUUGUCAACCGGAUAAUGAGAGAACGAAGAAUGAGCAGGAGCUUUUGUUCAAUGAGCUAGCACAAUGUGAUGCUAUUCGUGAAGGCGACCGAAAUGCUCUAGAGCGACUUGAAAAAUUCCAUUUGGCGGCAUUGACUAAACUUUUUGCUUACGCUGUCAAGAGCGAUUGCGAUGGUCGAGCAGUGGAACUUGCAUCUCUUGUAACUUCUUCAAAAGGAAUUCAACUGUUUUGUAACUAUGCUAGCAAAAAUCGGAAGCAGAUGCUCUCGGAGAAAGUUGCCGAGCUUGGAAGGAAGAAUUUAGAGCGUGCUGUUGAACCAACAAUUGAUAUGUUUCGACCAACGCCUUCCCGAAUUAGUGCAGUAGUUGUCAAUGAGGAAAAUGAAAUUCGUCCAGUUUCACGAAUUCCACUUGGAAGAAAAAAUAGAAAGAGAACUAGAGAAGAAGAGACCCAAAACUCUGCAAAAGCACAACCUGCUCGGAAGCAAGCAAAAUUGCAAUUUGGUACUGGAACUCCAAAAAACAAAAAAGUCGCGGUUGUUGGUGAAUCAGUUGAAAAAGAGAAUACGCCCGUUGAAGAAGAGGAAACCCAAGUGAAAAAAUUAUUUACUCCGUAUGAUUUAUGGUUUGAAUCAUCAGAAGAUUUACUUCGCUCUGAAUUUGAUGGAGAUAUAUCAGAUUUCGCAAAAUUCGGUAUUCAGAAAUUCCGGGCGUUGUCGAAAGAGCAGAAAAAUAAAUGGAAAGAGCUCGCCCAACAAAAAAACAAGGACAACUAA